GCGGGCUGGAGCUGAGGCCGAGGCCAGGGAGGACCGGGGCUGCAGCGGCUGCGCACUGGCGCGCCCAGCCGGUCUAUUUGCGUGUCUCCGCCUCUGCGACGAACUGGUUGGGGGAGCUGGUCUGGCGCCGCACGCCGAUUGGCUGGGCGGCCCGCCGCUCAGGCCCAGGAGCGGACGGUUCCUACUGCGGCUGGGCAUCGGCUCCGCUCCCGCGUCGCCCCGCGCUCCAGCUGCGCCCGGCCCGGCCCCGGCCCGGCUCGGCUUGGCCCCGGCCUCCAAGCGAAGGCGCCGCUGCCGCCUGAGCCGCUCCCAGGGCCAUGAGGAGGCGGCGGCAGUCACUGCGGCCAGCGUCAAGGUGACCGGCCGGGACUGCGGCGGCAGCGGCGAGAGCGGGCGCAGCUACUGUUUGGAAAGAGACGUGCUGGGAUGGUCUUUCCUGUUGGCCUGCGAUUAUGAAGCCCAGCCUGUGUUCCUGGACUUCUCCAGACGGGUUAUGUCACCAACCGAGGCUGCCCUGAAGCUCCCUGCGGCCUGGAGACUAUGUACAACAGGAAUGGUCUGAUGGCUAGCGUGUUGGUCACCUCUGCCACUCCACAGGGCAGCAGCAGCUCAGACUCUUUGGAGGGCCAGAGCUGCGACUAUGCCAGCAAGAGCUACGACGCCGUUGUGUUCGAUGUCUUGAAAGUGACUCCCGAGGAGUUUGCUAGCCAGAUCACGCUGAUGGACAUACCCGUAUUCAAAGCCAUCCAGCCGGAGGAACUAGCCAGCUGUGGAUGGAGUAAGAAGGAGAAACAUAGUCUCGCCCCCAACGUUGUGGCCUUUACCCGGAGGUUUAACCAGGUCAGUUUUUGGGUUGUACGAGAAAUUCUAACAGCACAGACUUUAAAAAUAAGGGCAGAAAUCCUGAGCCAUUUUGUGAAAAUAGCCAAGAAACUUCUAGAACUCAACAACCUUCAUUCUCUCAUGUCUGUGGUGUCAGCAUUACAAAGCGCGCCCAUCUUCAGGCUGACGAAAACCUGGGCUCUUUUGAAUCGAAAAGACAAGACCACCUUUGAGAAAUUGGACUACCUGAUGUCUAAAGAAGAUAAUUACAAGCGGACUCGGGAAUAUAUCCGAAGCCUGAAGAUGGUUCCCAGUAUUCCCUAUCUCGGGAUCUAUCUGCUGGAUUUAAUCUACAUUGAUUCUGCAUAUCCUGCCUCAGGCAGCAUCAUGGAAAACGAACAAAGAUCCAAUCAGAUGAACAAUAUUCUUCGAAUAAUUGCAGAUUUACAAGUUUCCUGCAGCUACGAUCACCUCACAACCCUGCCCCAUGUGCAGAAGUACCUGAAGUCCGUACGCUAUAUUGAAGAGCUCCAGAAGUUUGUGGAAGACGACAACUACAAACUGUCGCUCAGAAUUGAACCGGGAAGCAGCUCUCCGAGACUAGUCUCUUCCAAGGAAGACCUUGCAGGCCCCUCCGCCGGCUCCAGUUCUGCGAGGUUCAGCCGGAGGCCCACCUGUCCUGAUGCUUCUGUUGCUGGCAGCCUCCCCACACCCCCAGUCCCAAGACACAGGAAGAGCCACAGCCUGGGCAACAAUAUGAUGUGUCAGUUGAGUGUAGUUGAGAGUAAAAGUGCGACAUUCCCAUCGGAGAAAGCGAGGCACCUGCUGGACGACAGUGUCCUAGAGUCCCGCAGCCCCCGCAGGGGCCUCGCCCUCACCUCCUCCUCUGCCGUCACCAAUGGACUCUCCCUAGGUCCAUCCCCCUGCAGUGCCCAGGUCCCCUGUUGUUACUGCUAUCAGACAGGCAGUAGUGAGAGCUCAGAGUUUAGUGAAGAGAUGUCUUCAGGGCUGGAAAGCAGGGGACGUCUCUAUGCCACGCUGGGGCCCAAUUGGCGGGUUCCAGUUCGGAAUUCUCCUAGAACCCGGAGCUGUGUCUACAGCCCCACCGGCCCGUGCAUCUGUACGCUGGGGAGCUCAGCAGCAGUGCCCACCAUGGAGGGGCCUCUGAGAAGGAAGACUCUGCUCAAGGAGGGACGGAAGCCUGCGCUGUCCUCGUGGACCAGGUACUGGGUCAUACUCUCAGGAUCCACCCUCCUGUAUUAUGGAGCCAAGUCCUUGCGUGGCACAGACCGGAAACACUAUAAAUCCACACCGGGCAAAAAGGUCUCCAUCGUGGGCUGGAUGGUGCAGCUGCCUGACGACCCUGAGCACCCAGAUAUCUUCCAGCUGAACAACCCCGACAAAGGCAAUGUUUACAAGUUCCAGACUGGCUCCCGGUUUCAUGCAAUACUGUGGCACAAGCAUUUGGAUGAUGCAUGUAAAAGCAACAGGCCUCAGGUAAAGUCACCAAAACCCUGCUUGUCACCUGAAAUACCCUCUGCCUCCCUUAGGACUAAGGGUCUGUAUGAAAUAGGGCUCGCUCCUCCCUCAGAGCCUGUCAGCUAGGCUCAGGCCCCUCUUUUGAUCAGCCUUUUCCAGUGAGACAGGGCACCUCCUGCUCAGCUUAGAACUAGGCCCAGCUUCAGACAAGAACUUUCAAUCUGGUCCCUGUGUCUUUCCCACUAAAAGAAAUGCCAUAGAAACAGCCAUGGGGACAGUUAGGUGGCAGGUGCGAUAUUGCCCCAAGGGUCAGGCUGUAGCGUCUAUUUGGAUCAUCCCCACAGAAGCUGAUUCAUGGGAACGCUCCAAACUGACUAAAGGGCCUCCCUGCCCCCACACCCUUAGGAAUAAUAAUACUACUAAUUUAUUGAGAGCCGACCAUGGCUGCUGAUGAAUGGGGCUCUUGGCUCCUCAGCAUGUAUGAGUCACCCGGACCCCUGGUCUGCUGGGCCUGGUUCGUGGCUCGGCCCUCCCCCGAUCAUGCCACCCCGCCCAGGACCAGGCAUUACGUGAAAUGCUUUACACACAGGAAUUGGCUGAAUCCUCCAACAUCCCUGUGAGGUAGGUUCUCUUACUGUCUCCGUCUUAUGCUGAGGACGCCGAGGCUCAGAAAAGGUGGCAGACGCUUAAGUUCCCACCGUUAGUGAGAUCUAACGCAGGCCUGCCUGACCCAAACUCUGUACUUGUUCUUCCGCCUCAGACUUCUUGGGGAGCCCCUGGCUUGCUCAGCCUCCUGCAGUUGAGCUAAAGGCCUGGCAGCAUAGCCCCCACUGUCCAGGCUUGUAAGAGGAAUGGCUGCCCCAGCCCUCAGCACCAGACAGGGGCAGCAUGGGGCUGCUGUGCCAGGAUUGGUGCUCCCGUCCCUAAGCCUCCUUGUCUGUGUUCCCCAGGCAUCAGCCAGAAGAGGGAGCUGGGCCGUUGGGUCUCUCUCCUCAGACUGGGGAGAGGGCACCAGGCCUUGGCGUAGAUGGGGGCUCCGAGGAGGAAGGGUGGGUAGCAGCUGGCAGGCCGCAGCUCCGAGGUCUGAGAGGACCUCAGCAAAGGCCAGUUCACACCAGGCAUUGGGGUCCCGGAGGUUAAGGACUUCUGUCAUGCUGGUCACAGCACAGUCACAGACUUCUUGACCCCUCAAAGCAGUUCUCGUAAAGCGGAGGGAGGUCUCUGAUGGCAUGUCCCAUGUUUCUGUGCUCUGUUUGGUCCUAUUCAGGAUUUUCACCUGUAACAUAGAUGAGGACAUAUGUGACAAGCUGAUCAAAUUAUAGAUAAGAAGCUAGAAAGUAGAAUUAGCAAAAAGUCCUCAACAAAUUAAAACAGUAGGACAAGACUGAUCCAGGGAUAAACUCGAGGUACCACAGGGAAGCUCAAAAUAAAUUGUGUUUGAGUCCCUCGACUCACCUGUCCGCCUGCUGGGAGCUCGUCCGAGGGCUGUGCUCACACAAGCACACAAAGGUGGUGGUUAAGAAUGUUCGCUGCAGCAUUGUUCUUGAUAGGAAAACCCUGGAACCUCGGUGACGCUCAGUAAAUCCCUAUUGUGCAACACCUGAUAGCAAUUGGAAAGGUGGUGGCAGGUCUGAGCGUGGUCACCUGAGAGGAGCUCCAGGCUGUAAGUCAAAAAGCAGAGCGUCAAAGCGUAUGUGAGGCCCGUCUCAUUUGGUUAAAAUAAUAUGCAUUUUUAUUAUAUGUUUGUUUGUGCAUAUAAAAUUUCCAAAAUGAUGUACAAGAAACUAUAAUUCUGUGGUUUCUAGAGUGCUACGUAUAUUCUUCAUGUUAAACAAAUGUAAUUGCCCAUCUCCGUGAUGGAAAGACUGGGAGUUUUGGUCAACAGUCACCUUAAGUUGAUGCAAAGUGAAUAAGGUGUUGAGGCUUGAACAAGGCUGGUGCCGCCUCAGGUCACAAUAAGAGAGGAAGAGUGGCCUGACCUCGUCUGCACUGGUCCCACCGUGCAUGUGUGGGGACCCUCAUUAGCUCUGAGUGCCACUCGAAGAGCACAGAGUCUUGGAGCUCACCUGCACACACAGGUGGCCCCAUGACCUGUGAGCAGGAGGCUGGGGUGGCUCCAGGUCUGACAGGGACUGACAGCCCUUAAGUGGGCCACCAGGCUGGUGGAGGAGAGGAAGGAAAUGGGGCUCGGUGUCCGCCCCGUGGCAACAGCCUUUGCACUCUGGCGGCCCCAGCUGGGAGCAGCCGUGGUUGCUCUGAGCAAGAGCCCAUUCUCCCUCUCUGGGGCAGCAGCAGCCCCACAGCAGGUGGCAGAGAACUGGGUCGAAUCCAUUUGGCAGAGCAGGUGUUUGGUCAGAAGGACAAAUGGAUGGAAUUUCAGGUAUGGCAAAUGUGGUGUGUCAUGGCAAGGUUUUGCAACUUUUACGUAUUUUUGUCCUAUUUUUAGGAGGCGGAUCUUUUAUUUUUUCCACUUUUCCCCCCUUUUAUUUUUAAUUUACUUUCAACCAAAUACUCCCACUCGGUGCCGUGUGCAAUAAUGAGAAGUUGGCAACAACUCAAUAUCCCGCAGCGGAGGAUUAUUUCAGUAAGCCACAGUGCCUCGUGUGAUGAUGUACCGGGAGGGAGCGACGAGGGCGUUACAGAAGUGCGUUAGCCUCCUGGGAAAUCUCAGUGGCUCAGAUUCGUUUCCUUUUUUGUAGAAUUGCAUUUCUUAAAAUUGUUUGUACUAACACUGAAUACGCUUAAACCUUAUUUAUAAGGUAUGUGUAAGGUGUGAACCACAGCAAUAAAACAAACACCCCUGUACCCGCCACCCACCCACCAGCCUAAAGGCAGGGCGCCCAGGGCCUUGGAAGCGCUCCCAGCCCCAGGGCCCUCUUCCUAAUGCCACUUCCUCCCUCCCUUCCUUAAGGUAUUGUCUGGGCUACAUUUUUUUAAAACUUUUUUUAUAAAUAGAACCAUAACUGUACAUUUUCUUCUGUCACUUGCUUUUUUCCUACAGUGUGUUCCUAAGAUUCAUCUGUGUCAGUGUGUACAGCUGUCAUUCAUUUAUUUGUACUGACUUUUUUUAUCAGGUCUUCUCUCAGUGAUUCCAAAAAUGAUUUCCUGCAUUUUGCUAUUUUGAACAACGCUGCUGUGGCCAUUCUUAUAGCUGUCUCCUGGUGCAAGGAGAUGCAUUUUUUCCAGUUCAUCAUUUUGACCAAAUUGAUACCAGUGUGGAUUUGUUUUUGAUGAAAUUGCUUCUCAUCAAAUCUCCUGGAACCCCACAGCAGUGCUGGCAGGGAGGCCUGGGGCUAGGGGCGUGUUAGCAGCUUGGAAGGGAGGGGUAAAGACCCUGACCUUGGGCUGGCGGUCCCCCCGUAGAAGCUGGGAUCUUGUCCUGGGGACACAGCUAUGGGAAGGUCUUAGGGUUCCCAAUGUCCCCAGACUUCCUCCGUGUGCUUUCAUUUGCCAAUUCCUGCCUCCCUUGUCCCCAUGCUUCCCCCCACUGGUUUCCCUUCUGGAGGCAUAUGCCCAUUCGUCUCCUCUCCACUCCAAAUGGAGCUGUAUUUCAACCCAAGGAUAGCAGUUGAGAGCGUGGGCUCUGGUGUCUUAGCCCUGCCACUUGGUCGCUGUGUACUUCACCUCUCUAAGCCUCAGUUUCCUCAUCUCUAUAAUGGGGAUCCUCCCAGUACCUGCCUCACGGGGCUGUUGUGAGGACUGGAGGCCACGCACAUAUGAAGUAUUCAGAGCAAUGCCUGGCACGCAGUGGUCACUUAGCAAAUGGCGCUUGUUAUUCCUGCUGUGUCCUCUCCCCACCUGACCUGCUCAUUCACAGACUGACUGGGAAAGGCCUGGUCCCUUCCCUUAGGGACCAGCCCUUGUCCCCGUCUGCAAGGUUGGAACUGUGACAAGAGGCUGAGCUUUCUCUUCUAGGUACCUGCAAACCUUAUGUCGUUUGAGUAAGUCUCUGCAGGACUUGGCGUGACUUCAGAGGCUUCUGGGAGCCUGGCCUGGGACUGGUGGUGAAGCGCAGGUCCUGGACACAGGCUGUUGGCCAGGGUGCUGGGAGACCCACAGCCGAACUCAAGGGGACCCCGCCUGUGGCCUCACAGUCCGGAGGGCUCCGCCAGUGCUGGAUCCACCUGCCAAUCCCCAGCGACCCUCAUGACACUCAUUCUGCAGCGCCACCUCACUGGGCCGUGAUUGGACCCCAAACUGUACACCCCGCCCUCCCUCUCUGGGCCCUCGUCCGUCCACGAGCUGCUGCUGCGACUAGAGAGCAUUCGGCCCACGGUGGGUCCCCAGUGCUUUCUCCUGCAGAAGAGUGGACACUGUUAACCUGUGUUGAGGGGCCAGAGAGAAGGAACAGGCUGUGGAACUGGCUUUUUACACCCCAAGUGCACGGGGUUGCUCGCCCACAGGGCUGCCUCAGAUUUUGUACAACCCGUAAAGCGUCCUCUGAGUGUGCGUGCCGUAUACGUGUGUGCGCGAGUGAGUGUGGACUCUUCGAGAAACAUGCAUUUUGGCACAAGACUUGUGACAUCACACACUUCAUUCACUUUGAGGCCCUGCUUUAACCUUCAGUGACAGCCUUGCCCAUCGUGGAAGGUCAGAGUGAGAGCCCAGAUUCCUCCUGUGUUAAGGGUCCCUUGCGUUCUUUUACUGUAAACAACAAUGCCUUAAAUUGUGUCUUGUUUUCUGUUCCUAUGGGUGCUAUUCAUCUGGAAGGCCUGCUCCCUGGCCCCCGGGUCCCUUCCAGGCCUUGUUGCUGUCAGCUCUUCAGAGGCAGGACCUGGCUUCAGGACUGUGGACUGGGCCACUGGCCUGCUUGCUUCCUCCUAUCCCCCUCCCUCGGGGUCUGAAGGCUCUUCUCUUCUCACUCCCUCCCACCAUGCCAGAAGGGGAACUUGUGACACCUUCUCCCAGCUUCUCAGCAGCAGCUCGGAAGCCGCCAUGCUCUCUUGAAUAGCCGCCCAGCAGCUACUUUGCAUCAACCUCUCCCCGCGGGGCAAGGCUCUGGCCCCCAUCAUCUCACCCCUUUGCCUCCACUGCCGGGGUGGCCCACUGCGAUUCCUGAUUACACUGGGGAGCUGAGUGACAGGAGGCCUUAAGCUCUCCCAAUCUUGCCCCUAAACACAGUCACCAGCAAGUUCUCCAUCAUCCAAGUCCAAGGGCACAAUUGUUGAUGACCGUGGUGACAAGAGAGCAAGCCCUGGGGAGUGAACGGUCCGAGCUCUGCAUUCAGUUAAGAGCUCUCCAUGUGAACAACGUCCUUCCUCUGUCACUCUUUGUCGUAUUCUUAAGUGACUUUUAUUUUGCACAAAUACAUUUUUAUUCAAAAUAAUGAAUAAAAAUUAGCUUUAUUUAUAGUAGCUUUAUCACCACAACUUCUCUCUCUGUCUCUGAUCUGGGUGUCCUCAUUCUGAGAAGGAAACCCUUCAAUAGUUUUCUGAAAGAGACUGAAUUUCUGAGUCCUUGUCACUGUUAUGGUUUCAGAGCUCAUACUGAUCACAUAUCAAACUACCCUUAAGCAUUUCUGGGCAAGGUGGUUCCAACAGCAUCUUAACCAGGAAACUGUAAUAGGUCAGUUUAAAAACUGCUAAAGGACCCACCACUGUAUUUUGAUCAAACGGUGAUGACUCUUCUGAAAAUUUGAAUGAAAGGGUGAGGAAAGGAGUUGUCAUCAGGGUCUUAUUUUGUGGUCGAGCCUUACUGUGCUCAGUAACUGACCCUCCUUUGGAACAAACUCUAGAAUACUUUUGUGCCAGGAGAAACUCCAGAUGGUAGAGCUAAUGCCAGCAAACCUUGGCCACUGGAGCAUUUCACACCCACCCACAGCCAGGUCUAGAUGCGUGCACCGAAUUCGUACCCACGACCAUUCAACGAGGUUGAAUGAAAACACCAGACGCUGCAAACAGCUCUCCCCAGAACCGCCGUGUUAUUGCUCUCACCUACACUGAAUCUGAUUCUACCUGUUCAUUUUCUUAAAGUCUGAAGUUUGGAUGAAAGUGUGAGACUGGACCAUCAGCUACUUAUUUUCCUUGGGUUUCUCCACUCUUCAAACUCCCCUGGUUUUUCUCACAUGAAAUAUAGAUGCCAAUCCAAAAGCCUCAGAAUUUCAGGCUCCACUCAAUCAGUUAAUUUCCUGCCCUUCACAAAUUUUUCUCGUCUUUCACAAAUGUUUUCUUCUGAGCCUAAUUUUGAAAUAGCACAAUCGCAAUUCUUGUCAAAGUGUUUAGUCUUCUCACGAAUUGAGGCUGGUCCCACAUCCCGUCCCAGAAGCAUUCUUAGAUUGGACUCUUGAAGAAUCCGUUCAGACCUUGUUGGCACAGCCCUUGUAGAAGUGGUAAGAACCUUGAAGCUACCAGGAGAGUCCUGCAGACGGAGCUGAAGCACUCCCAGCGUGGGCGCAGGGCCAACCUGUGAGUUCAGUGCUGACUGCCUUCCUAGUGUUGGUUUGUCCCGCAAGCAGCAGGCGAGGAAGCCGGGCACAAACCCCAAUGGGGACAGUCCAAGAGUGAAUUCUCACCCUGGACGGACGCAUUUCUGGGUUUUACUCCUUGGCUGUCCGCAGUGCACAAAUAUUUGUGAAACCAUUGAAGGUGGUAUGUCCUGCAUGCAUGUGCUGUAUCUUUUUUUUUUUUUAAGCAAACAGAUCAUGGCACCCCAGAAUGAAAAUUAUAGAAUGCUGUCUACAAACUGUGGAGUAGGUAGCCAGUAUCAUUGUGAUGCCCCAAGAACAGCUUACUUACCUCUCCCCGGAAGUAAUUUUUGCCCCUCUCAGUUGAACAAGUUUUGUAACUCAAGGUCAGCCAAGUGCAUUCUGACAAGUGACAUACUUUGUGGAGGGUUGAUGUGGUGCAGAGCAGUACAAAUGUUGUUCCGAGUGUGCCCAGGGAGGGAAUGUGGCCUCCCUCCCUCCCUGAAGAAGCCCGCUCCUCAUGCUGCCCCCCUGUGGAAGUAAAGGCGAAGAACUUGAAGGCAUUUUGCCUAGGAAAGAACCCACUCUCUCUUGCCAACUGGAUUUAUAAAGCAUUGUUUUUCUUACCGAGAUGACUAUUUCUUUCAUCGUCUUCCUCUCACCUCCCAAGCCCAAGAGGUGUAUCUUUUAUGAUGCCAUCUUACAGGUGGAAAAUGGUCCCUGAAAAUAGGAAGCUGUUCGCAAGCAGGGUCUGCUUUCAUUCCACAGGUGGAGUCUAGAGCUCUGCGCGCACAUCACUGAUGCUUCUAACCAGGUGAACAUUGCUAACGACACAAGCUAACUUAUUUUUUGUGACUUCAUAAAUGACUUUCCUCAGCCCCACAUCAUACUGACGUGCUGGGUGAGUUCAUGUUUAAAAAAGAAAAAAAAAAAACUACAAGAGUCCCUUUGAAAUAGCUUCUCCGCGCAAAUCCUCCCAUUCCUUCAUUCAUCCACCUCUCUAGCGAGUGCUUCCCGUGUGCCAGGCUCCACCCGGGAUAUAAAUGGCUGAGAACAAGACAGACCCGAACCCUGGCCUCGUGGAGCUGACCACUCAACGAACAAAUAAUUUUCACCACGCCAUCUCUGCUGGCAAGACCCUGCCUCUCUCCUAGCACUGGGUACAAACCCUAUGCAGGUUCCUCCAGAAAGGCUUCAAAAGGCUCACCAGACUGACCAGCCUCUUGAUCAGUGAGUUCAGUUGCAAUGAGGACUAGAUGGAGUCGCUGUCCUGGAGGCUGGAUGGCACAGAACAGCCAGGCACAGAGCUGUGGUUGGGACAUUGAGGACUGAGGUGGAAUGAGAGAGUAGGGUCAGAAUGUUCGCAGUAUUUACUUCAGAGGUUUUUGGGUUUAAUUUCAGUGUUAAAUGCAAGUGAAGCAUGAGCAAGAGCUGCGUUUCUUGGAUGUUGAGAACUUGUCCCAUGGGCCACCUUGCAGCCCUGUGCUGCACAAGCGUGCGUACGCUAUGGGCAGCCCUGACAUGCCUGCUCGCAGCACAGUGCGAUGGAUCAUCUGUCCUUUACAACCACUCAUCUCUUUAUCCAUUUCUGAACGACUGUGACCAUUCAGUAAUGAAACAAUAGAAAUUAAUUUAUUAGUGUGGUAUAAUCUUUGAUAAAUUUCGUGCCAAAAUGCAUGGUUUUCCACUUAGCAUUCAAAAUGUUGCGUAGAGAGUAGUUUUCAAUUUCUUAUGUAUUCUUCAAAGUAAGUUGAAAAUCAGUUUCUACAUUUUAAUUCGUUUCUUGUUAAAUCUGUUCCACUCUCCUGGGCUGUCUUUUUUUCCAGCAGACCCCCUGCAUGCAGUUGUAUAAGGACUUUCCUAAUUCUUGUGAAUUGUCUCACCCACAAUAACCACUGAACAUCAGCCCUCCGUGGGAAUCUUUAGAUUUUUGGUGAAGUAUUUUGUUACCUCAGUCUUGUAUCAAGUUGCUGUAUUUUUCAGCUUGUUACACUGAUAAUAAUUGUUUCGCUAAUUAAAUACUUUAAUGUACAAACAUCUUUGUUUACUUUGAAAUUAAAUGUGUUUUCCAAUGAA